AUGCAAGAGACUGGGAGCAGAGAGGGUGGGACACUGGACGAGGACUUUGAGGUCGAUAACAUUUACACAAGCCCAGUCGUCAAGGUGGUUGUUGGAUCGCUAACCCAAGAGUUUUACGUCCACAAGAGGCACAUGGCCGAAGUGAGCCCCUUCUUCAAAGCUUGCCUUUCGGCGGGGAUGAUGGAACGGCAAAACAACGAGCUCGUCCUCCCAGACGAUCCAUGUAGGGCUUUCAGAUUUCUGGUCGGUUGGGUUUACAACCGCAGCGUCCCAGCCAUCCGUAACGAAAAGGAUGCGAUGUCAGCCGUUCAGGCGUGGACACUUGGUGACAAGUAUUACAUACCAAAGUUCCAGAAUGCUCUUUCUGAUGAGCUUCGAAUCUUCUGGGCAUGGGAUUUAGUUCACCCUCGCACCUUUUUAUGGCUGGUCGAGAAUAGCGCCGAUGUGACCGCUCUCCGACAACUUGUUUGCGAUUAUCUAUGCUAUGGCCUGGUACAUUCGUCCUCGAUGUACAGAUAUGCUUGUGACGAGGAUGAGGUGGAGUCUCCGAGUGCCGACAGUUAUGCGAGGGCGCUCAAGGACUUACUAGGCAAUCCCGAGAUCGGCUUCGAGUUGUUCUGGGCCACAAACAAUUUGAAAAGAGGAGGAACAGAUCCAAAAGACUUUGAUCGGUGCUAUUAUCACGUUCACGCCGAAGGCCAGACUUGCGUGUGGUAA